AUGUGUAUAUCCAGGAAACAGUUUGAGGCUGUUGAUGGCGCCUUCCUUAUCCCUUACAUCAUCAUGUUAAUGGUGAUGGGUGUACCUAUCUUCUUUAUGGAGAUGGUCCUUGGGCAGUACAGUCAGCAAGGGGCUACUGUUGUCUUUGCUCGGAUGGCACCUAUCUUCCAAGGAGUGGGCUUCAGCGCGCUGGUCAUAGUGCUUGUGAUCAACAUCAUCUACAUGGUGGUGGUCUCGUGGACACUGUUCUACAUGUUCGCCUCGUUCAGCUCGGUGCUAGGCUGGGCGCGCUGCGACUAUGACUUCAACUCUGACUACUGCUACAGUGAAUGGGAGAACCAGAGGUGCAUGGAUCUCGGCGUGCCGGACGCGCCCAUGACUUUCCACAAUAGGACGUGCGUGCCGGUGGACACGCUGUGCAGCGAGCACUUCAUGGCCAUGAAGGACGCCCACACCUGCUCCAACGGAAUCGCGGACGUCCCUCUGCGCUCACUCGUCAAGCGCGUGCUGUCUUCGGAGGAGUACUACAACGACUUCGCGAUGGGCAUCAAAGGCGCGACGUGGGAGCGGUGGGGCGACGUGCACUGGCCGCUGAUGGGCUGCCUGGCGCUGGCCUGGCUCAUCGCCUUCCUCUGCGUCUUCAAGAGCGUCAAGACCACCGGCAAGAUCGUCUACUUCACCGCCAUCUUUCCCUACUUCGUGCUGCUGGCGCUGCUCAUCAGAGCGGCGACGCUGGAGGGCGCGCUGGACGGCGUACUGUUCUACGUGACGCCGCAGUGGGCGGCGCUGGGCGACGCCUCCGUAUGGGGCGACGCCGCCUCGCAGACCUUCUACGCCCUCAGCAUCGGCUGCGCGUCGCUCAUCACGCUCUCCAGCUACAGCUACUUCGGCAACAACUGCCACAGGGACGCGAUCGUGGUGUCGGCGACGAACGCUCUGACGGGCGUGCUGGCGGGCUUCGUGGUGUUCAGCGUGCUGGGCUUCAUGGCGCACGAGAUGGGCGAGCCCGUGUCCGAGGUGGUCGCCUCCGGCCCGGGCCUCGCCUUCGUCGCCUACCCGGAGGCGGUGCUGCGCAUGCCGCUGCCGCAGCUCUGGUCGGCGCUCUUCUUCUUCAUGCUCUUCGUGCUCGGCAUCGGCUGCCAGUUCGGCGGCGUGGAGGCGGUGACGUGCGCCAUAGUGGACCGUUGGCCGCAGCUGCGGCGCUACCAGACGUUCGUGACGGGCGGCGUUUGCCUUGCGCACUUCCUGCUGUCCGUGCCCAUGUGCUUCGGCGGCGGCAUCUACCUGUUCACCCUGAUCGAGUGGAACGUCGUCACGUGGUCCAUCCUGCUGGUCGGCCUCGGUGAGGUCAUCGUCGUCGCCUGGGUCUACGGCGGCAAUCGAUUCCUGGACAACAUCGCAGAGAUGGGAAUGAAGCUAUGCAAGAUAACCCGCUGCUAUUGGUGGUUCGCAUGGACCAUCAUGGCACCACUUUGCGUCGUAGCGGUGUUCGGCUUCACGAUGUACAACUACGAGGCGCCCUACUACGGCGACUACGUGUUCCCCGACUGGGUGAACGUGAUGGGAAUUCUGAUCGGCACCUCCGCCAUCGUGCCGAUGCCCGUUUUCGCCGUCUACCGCGUCACACUCAGCAAAGAGCCGGUGAUGACGACGAAGCGGCGGCGGCAGAGCCCGCGGGUGCUUACCGGGAGAGCCCGUUGGCUGCUGGCCGCGUUUGACAUUCUGGUCGCCUGUUCGCAGAGGGGGGCGGCGCUGUUCCGGCCCACUCAGCGCUGGGGCCCCGGGGGCAAGCUGCUGCCCACCCCCAGCUCCACGUCGACGACGCCGCCGCCGGGGCACUCCGGCUCCGCCUCCAGCUACUCCGCCUACGAGAACUACGCCUUCAACAAGGAGCCAUGA